CGAUAGUCAUUUUUGCGUUGAAACACAACAACACUGCACUUCAUCACUCCACGUUGUUCUUCCUUCCAAUCUUCCAUUCCAGAACCUUCCUCAGCCAUGGAUCCCAAUCCCAAGAGCUUCCCCAUCCUCUCCUACGUCAUGGCCAAGCUCCCCACCAUCAAGCGCACCUUCUCCCCGGACUUCGAUGUCGAGAACCCGCCGGCGCCGGACUCGCACCCGCCGGAACCCUACUUCGAACUCACCGAGAGGAUGCCGCACCUCAAGAACCCUAAACUCAUCUCCGAGAUGCGCCAAGCCGUGAGCGACGUCGUGGAGAGCCGAUCCGCGCUCCAAGCCCUGGGUCCCCGCCCCGACCACGAGACCGUCGACGCCGCGCGGUUCCGACUGUCGGAAAUAAGCGCGCACUCGUCGAGCGAUUCGGAGGAUGCGAAGAUGUAUAAGGCGGUGAUUGCGGUGGACGAGAUGCACGAGGCAUACGAGAGGAUGCUCAGCGAGGCGGAGCGGAGGUUGGAGAAGAUUUACGAGGCGGCGGUCGCCGGAGAUGAGCUGAUUCAGGCUGAUGCGGCGCCGGAUCUGAGUGAACCAGAAGUGGAUGCGGCGGUGGUCGAGGUUUUGAAGGAGGCAGAAUCUGGGAAGGAGAUUGAACGUGUGGAUCUAUCAGGGAGAAGGCUGACGAUUUUCCCCGAAGCUUUUGGGAAAUUGAAGUUCUUAAUUGUGCUGAACUUUUCCAACAAUCAAUUAGAGGAAAUUCCCGACUCAAUCGCAGGGUUAGAAAAUCUUGAGGAACUCAAUCUUUCGGAGAAUCUAUUAGAGUCAUUGCCCGAUUCGAUCGGCCUAUUGUUUAAGCUGAAACUGCUGAAUGUUUCUGGAAACAAGCUUGGUGCCCUACCCGACAGCAUUUGCCAUUGCAGGUCGUUGGUAGAGCUGAAUGCGAGUUUCAACAAACUAACGUACCUGCCGACGAACAUCGGGUUCGAGCUCGUGAAUCUGAAAAGGCUCGACGUACAUCUCAACAAGAUCCGUUCCCUCCCCACAUCGAUCGGCGAGAUGAAGUCGCUGUGCUUUCUCGACGUCCAUUUCAACGAGCUCCGCGGUCUUCCGCAUACAAUUGGAAGAUUGACGAAUCUCGAGAUACUUAACCUCAGCAGCAACUUCAACGACCUGACUGAACUCCCCGACACACUUCCCGACCUGAUCAACCUCAAAGAACUCAAUCUGAGCAACAACCAGAUUCGGGCAUUGCCCGACACCUUCGGUCGGCUGGCGAGUUUAACGAGACUUAAUGUGGACCAAAACCCGCUCGAAAUACCUCCGAAUGACGUCGCCUCUGACGGCGUCGAAGCUGUUAAGGCUUACAUGGUGCAAAGAUGGGAACAAAUAGUGAUGGAGGAAGAGCGGAGUGCGGCGAUGGUUCAAGACCCCGAGCAAACACAAACGGGUUUGUUAAAUCGAAGCACGUUGUGGUUGAAUAAUGUUUUUUCGAAUGUUUCAGGGUACUUGGGAGGCAUCGGGAAAUCGAGCAAUGACGAUCCUUACCUGAAUCAGCAGCUGUGAGAAAGGACUCGAACUUCCGACCUGGUGAUGUUCGUAAUUACAUUAUGUAUGUGUCUUUCUUUCGUCGACGUUCCUGCGAUAACUUCUUGAUUUAUCUGCUCGGACGGAAUUAACGUUCUUCGACGCCUUUUCGAUGCGUUGCUUGUUGGGUUUUGUCCGAUUAUUACUAUACAUGUUGAGAUGAAUCCUUCAAAGAUUUUGGGUUUUUGUCUGAUUAUUGCAGUACAUGUUGAGUGUGCAUCUUUAAAAUUUGACUCCAGAGCUGGCAAUGGGUCGAUUUGUAUUGAGUUGAACACUUUAAACGGGUUAAAUUACUCAAUUCUAACUCGACCGGUUUAUUAUAGUGUCGGGUUCAUGUUGACCCGUUUAUUAUCGUGUCGAGUUCGGGUUGAUUUGUAUUGAUUCGUAUACAUAAUUAAAUCAAAAAUUCUGAUUCAAAUUAAAUUAUAUUUUGUA